AUGAUAUCGAAGAAUAUCAACACCAAAGUUUGGGAGGACUUGCAGGUGCAUUGGGGGAAGCAGGAGACUAAGGAAAAGUCCACAAAAAACUCAGCCAACCGCAACAGUGAUCGUGGCGGGAAAGGUGUUUUUGUCCACAACUUCGGGGCUUGCAGUAUGUUUUCUAAGGAGGAUCAGCUUGUUGAAGCAAAUGGCGGUAAUCCCGUUGAUCAUGUUGAUGUCAUGAGGGAAGCAUAUACUAACAAGAAGACAUGCGGAAUUCAGGAUCCCCUCAUCAGAGAUGUCAUAGAGUUGGUGCAAACCAAAAAAGCAGAACUCCUAGCUUCUCAGCCGAUGAACUCUAAGGACGAUUCUACGGCAGCUUCCAGCAACCUUUGCCGACUUCAAAUCAACGAAUUGGAGGAACAAACGGUUCCAAAGAAGAAAGGACGCUUGGUCGGUUUGGCUCGUCGUGCGUCUUCGUGUCCUUCUUCUUCACAAACUCCAUACACAGAUCCCAUAAUCGUGGAGCAGCUGCAGAACAAGGAUGAGCGGAUUGAAGCGUUAGAGACGCAGAACGCUACAAUUCUUGCGGAAUUGGCGGAUCAGAAGAAGAUCAACAACGAGAUCAUUGAGAAGAUGAAGUGUUUAUUCCCAAAUGAAUUUUAG